GGCGUGGCCAUGCAGAGUAGCAGCGCGCCAUGGCGGCCGCCAUGGAGGAGGAGCCCCAGCAGUCCCCGGAGCCGGCGGCGCGGGAGCCGCGAGUGCGGGACGCCCCCGAGGACAUCUGUCUGGAGGCCACGGCCAACGCCAUCGCGCUGCACCCGGCGCGGCCGCUGCUGGCCGCGGGGGACGUGGACGGCGAUGUGUACCUGUACUCGUACUCCUGCACCGAGGGCGAGAACCGGCAGCUCUGGUCCUCGGGACAUCACCUCAAGUCGUGCCGGGACGUGGCGUUCUCCCAGGACGGGCAGAAGCUUUUCACUGUGUCCAAGGAUAAGUCCAUCCACGUUCUGACAGCGGAGGAGGGACGGCUGGAAACACGCUUCCCCAAGGCACACGAAUCGGCCCUCAACUGCGUGCUGCCCAUCGACCACCACAUCUUUGCCACGGGCGACGACGGCGGGGCAGUGAAGGUGUGGGACCUGCGCAGGGGCAGUGCCAUCCUGGAGGCACGGCAGCAGGAGGAGUACAUCAGUGCCAUGGCAGUGGAUGGCAACGGCAAGAUCCUGCUGACAGCCAGUGGUGAUGGCACCCUGGGUGUCUUCAACGUGAAGCGACGGCGCUUUGAGCUGCUCUCGGAGCCGCAGAACGGCGACCUGACGUCUGUGGUGCUGAUGAAGAGGGGGAGGAAGGUGGCGUGUGGCUCCAGCGAAGGCACCAUCUACCUCUUCAACUGGGAUGGCUUCGGGGCCGCCAGCGACCGCUUUGCGCUCAGGGCAGAGACCAUUGACUGCAUGGUGCCCGUCACGGACAGCAUCGUGUGCGUGGGGUCCCUGGACGGAGUCAUCAGGGCAGUGAACGUGCUGCCGAACCGCGUGCUGGGCUGCGUGGGGCAGCACCUGGGCGAGCCCAUCGAGCAGCUGGCCCUGGCCCCGGACGGGAGGCUCCUGGCCAGCAGCGGCCACGACCAGAAGGUGAAGUUCUGGGACGUGUCGGCGCUCGGCUCCAUGGUGGUCGAUGACUACCGGCGGAAGAAGAAGAAGGGCGGGCCGCUGCGCGCCCUCAGCAGCAAGGCGCUGGGCAGCGGGGAGGAUUUCUUCGCCGACCUGCGGGACGAGCCCGAGCCGGCGGCGGAGGGCGGCGACAGCGGCGACAGCGACAGCGACUGAGCGGCCCCUCAGCGCGGCCGCCCCGCCCGGCGCGGGGGCGGGGCUCUGCGCGGCCUCUCGCGGGGCGCGGCCAAUCAGAGCCGCAGCCCCUGGGAGUGCCCGCCCACGGGGCGUGGCCUCUCUGUAACGGUACCACUGUCGGUGGGCAGGACGCUGGCGUUCUGAUUGGCUCCUAGGGCUGCCACUCAAGCUGGGUGUGGGCGCGCUCUUAAAGGGGCCGCGCGUGUCGGAGCGGGUGGGGUCUGGUAGGGGACAGCGGCUGUGGGGGCGGAGGCGGCGGGGGUGGCCCGGACCGGGGGACAGGCUGGGGAUGGAGAGAGAGGCUGAGGGGCUGCCGAGACAUCGCAGAGGGCAGCGGGCAGGGUCCCUGCCGGGUCCGUGAGGGACGGGGGGUGGCUCUGACACGGGGGGACAGGGCUGAGGGCUCUGGUCACUGGGUGGGUGAGGGGGCACCGCUGAGGGGCCCUGGGGUGGGCAAUGCAGGGAUGGGGGCACAGGGCUGGGGGUCCCUGGGGUGGGGAUCCAGUGCUGGGGGUAAUGCUGGGGUUUGCUGGUGUAUUUGGGGGUCCUUUGGGCUGUUUUGGGAUGGGGAGGCAGGGCAGUUCUCAGGAGGGGUGAGGGAGGGGGUGACACAGGGUUCUGGGAUGCCUGGCCAGGGCAGACAGGUUCAUCGCUUCCCUGCCUUGCUGUCCCAGCAGAUCAAUUACCCGUUGUUAAUUAAUUAAGACUUUAGCUCUGUUAGAAAUAAACCCAGUGCCUUUCACUUCCCA